GAGUGGGCAUGGCACUGAGUGGCUGAGGCCAUCACUGGUGGCCUUGGUGCUUAGAGAAGCAGGAAGAGUGGGCAUGGCACUGAGUGGCUGAGGCCAUCACUGGUGGCCUUGGUGCUUAGAGAAGCAGGAAGAGUGGGCAUGGCACUGAGUGGCUGAGGCCAUCACUGGUGGCCUUGGUGCUUAGAGAGGCAGGAAGAGUGGGCAUGGCACUGAGUGGCUGAGGCCAUCACUGGUGGCCUUGGUGCUUAGAGAGGCAGGAAGAGUGGGCAUGGCACUGAGUGGCUGAGGCCAUCACUGGUGGCCUUGGUGCUUAGGCAGAAAGAGAGGGCAUGGUGCAGGGUGCUGAGGCCGUCUGUGGCUGCCUUGGUGGGGCUUACUGAGUUCUAGUGGAAGCAAGGUGCCAGGGCAGGGCUGGCACAUGGAGGGCUCUGAAGGCCAUGUGUAUCGUCUGAAGUGAGGGGAACCCGUGGUAGCUAAAGGGAGUGCACUAGACAGCCCGAGGUGCGCCACAUUCCUGCUUUAGGGGCUGGAGGGGAACCCGUGGUAGCUAAAGGGAGUGCACUAGCCAGCCCCAGGUGUGCCACAUUCCCGCUCUAGGGGCUGGAGGGGAACCCGUGGUAGCUAAAGGGAGUGCACUAGCCAGCCCCAGAUGUGCUACAUUCCCGCUCUAGGGGCUGGAGGGGAACCCGUGGUAGCUAAAGGGAGUGCACUAGCCAGCCCCAGGUGUGCCACAUUCCCACUCUAGGGGCUGGAGGGGAACCCGUGGUAGCUAAAGGGAGUGCACUAGCCAGCCCCAGGUGUGCUACAUUCCCGCUCUAGGGGCUGGAGGGGAAACCGUGGUAGCUAAAGGGAGUGCACUAGCCAGCCCCAGGUGUGCCACAUUCCUGCUCUAGGGGCUGGUCUGGCGGCAUGGCUCUCUCCUGAGUGCCUUCAGAGCCUGAGUGCCAGCAGGCAGGCGUCUCCUGCCCAGUGGGUUUGGUAAGAUAUAUUUCAGAAAGCAUCCACCACACUAAAACAUGCUUAUUGCAGGAACCAUGGGGGAGACCAAAGGGCCUAGAGCAUUGAGAACCUCUGACCAUUAGUGUUAACAGGAAGGCAGCCUGUUCCCCUAGCUGGGGAGCGGGGUGUGUGUGGCAGGAAGCCCGUGCGUCUGUGCCUCUUUGGAGCUGUGGGUUGGUUGUGUGGACGCCAGCUGUGUGGUCCCCAGCCUCACUGAGCCUGAGUUUCCAUACUAGCGGCGGGAGAUGGGACUAGAGGGUCUCCAAGGCUCCCUGAAGCUCUGUGAUUCUGCUUCUCUGAGUCUUGACCGCAGGGCUUUGUUGUUCGCGGGGGUCACAGCUCUCAUGGCUGCAGCUAGCGUGACCCCCCCUGGCUCCCUGGAGUUGCUACAGCCCGGCUUCUCCAAGACCCUCCUGGGGACCAAGCUGGAAGCCAAGUACCUGUGCUCCGCCUGCAGAAACGUCCUCCGCAGGCCCUUCCAGGCGCAGUGUGGCCACCGGUACUGCUCCUUCUGCCUGGCCAGCAUCCUCAGCUCUGGGCCUCAGAACUGUGCUGCCUGUGUUCACGAGGGCAUAUAUGAAGAAGGCAUUUCUAUUUUAGAAAGCAGUUCGGCCUUCCCAGAUAAUGCUGCCCGCAGGGAGGUGGAGAGCCUGCCGGCCGUCUGUCCCAGUGAUGGAUGCACCUGGAAGGGGACCCUGAAAGAAUACGAGAGCUGCCACGAGGGCCGCUGCCCGCUCAUGCUGACCGAAUGUCCCGCGUGCAAAGGCCUGGUCCGCCUUGGUGAAAAGGAGCGCCACCUGGAGCACGAGUGCCCGGAGAGAAGCCUGAGCUGCCGGCAUUGCCGGGCGCCCUGCUGCGGAGCAGACGUGAAGGCGCACCACGAGGUCUGCCCCAAGUUUCCCUUAACUUGUGACGGCUGCGGCAAGAAGAAGAUCCCCCGGGAGAAGUUUCAGGACCACGUCAAGACUUGUGGCAAGUGUCGAGUCCCUUGCAGAUUCCACGCCAUCGGCUGCCUCGAGACGGUAGAGGGUGAGAAACAGCAGGAGCACGAGGCGCAGUGGCUGCGGGAGCACCUGGCCAUGCUACUGAGCUCGGUGCUGGAGGCAAAGCCCCUCUCGGGAGACCAGAGCCACGCGGGGUCAGAGCUCCUGCAGAGGUGCGAGAGCCUGGAGAAGAAGACGGCCACUUUUGAGAACAUUGUCUGUGUCCUGAACCGGGAGGUAGAGAGGGUGGCCAUGACUGCCGAGGCCUGCAGCCGGCAGCACCGGCUGGACCAAGACAAGAUUGAAGCCCUGAGUAGCAAGGUGCAGCAGCUGGAGAGGAGCAUUGGCCUCAAGGACCUGGCGAUGGCUGACUUGGAGCAGAAGGUCUUGGAGAUGGAGGCAUCCACCUACGAUGGGGUCUUCAUCUGGAAGAUCUCAGACUUCGCCAGGAAGCGCCAGGAAGCUGUGGCUGGCCGCACACCUGCCAUCUUCUCCCCAGCCUUCUACACCAGCAGGUACGGCUACAAGAUGUGUCUGCGUAUCUACCUGAACGGCGAUGGCACCGGGCGAGGAACACACCUGUCCCUCUUCUUUGUGGUGAUGAAGGGCCCGAAUGACGCCCUGCUGCGGUGGCCCUUCAACCAGAAGGUGACCUUAAUGCUGCUCGACCAGAAUAACCGGGAGCACGUGAUUGACGCCUUCAGGCCCGACGUGACUUCAUCCUCUUUUCAGAGGCCAGUCAACGACAUGAACAUCGCAAGCGGCUGCCCCCUCUUCUGCCCCGUCUCCAAGAUGGAGGCAAAGAAUUCCUACGUGCGGGACGAUGCCAUCUUCAUCAAGGCCAUUGUGGACCUGACAGGGCUCUAACUGCCCCCUACUGGUGUCUGGGGGUUGGGGGCAGCCAGGCACAGCCGGCUCACAGAGGGGCCACCACGCUGGGCCAGGGUCUCACUGUACAAGUGGGCAGGGGCCGCGCUUGGGCGCUUGGGAGGGUGUCGGCCUGCAGCCAAGUUCACUGUCACGGGGGAAGGAGCCACCAGCCAGUCCUCAGAUUUCAGAGACUGCGGAGGGGCCUGGCAGACGGGCUUAGCCAAGGGCUGUGGUGGCAUUGGCCGAGGGUCUUCAGGUGCUUCCCAGCACAAGCUGCCCUUGCUGUCCUGUGCAGUGAAGGGAGAGGCCCUGGGUGGGGACACUCAGAGUGGGAGCACAUUCCAGCAGUGCCCACGUAGCAGGAGCGCGGUGGAUGGCCUUGUGUCCCUCGGGCAUGACGGGCAGAAACGAGGGCUGCUCCAGGAGAGGGGCCUCCUGCUGGCCAGAGCAAGGAAGGCCGAGCAGCUUGGUUCUCCCCUCUGGCCCCUGGAGAGAAGGGAGCGUUCCUAGACCCCUGGGUGCUUGUCUGCACAGAGCUCUGGUCUGUGCCACCUUGGCCAGGCUGGCUGUGGGAGAGGGUCUGGUCCCACGCUGCCUCUGCUCAGACCACUGUGUGGGAGGUGCACAGCACAGCCUGUGGGUAAAGUGUGAGAGCUUGCCAUUCAGCUCACGAGACAGAGUUAUUAAACCAUUCAAAUCUC